CCUUUCUCCUCCGCCUCACAGCGUCCUGUCUGACUGUGUAGCAGUGCCUGUGUGUGUAUAUAUGUGUGUGUGUGUGUGUCUCGCGGCAGUGGAGGGCUGGGGCGCGGCACGGGGCGAAGAGGGGGAGACAGCCCGCAGGGAUUCGCACAGAGGAACAGGAAAGGAAACAAGUGUGCACGAAGCGGCGAAAGUUGAAGUUUUGACAGUGCAAAGUUAAUGAAGUUAAAAGCAAGACCUUUGAAGUUAAGAAGACGAAGUUUUAAGAAUCGAUGAUCCUACGGUGCUGAGUGUAGUGGUGAAGGUUGUGAUGGUGGUGGUGGUAAGUGAGAUAACCGUGACCUGACUGACGGAGCCACACAACUCGUGGUGUUCUGUGGACAUGUCACCUGUGACCCCUCACAGUGACCUUUGCUGUCCAGGCCGCCCCUCCCCCGCCAGGCAGGACAUACGCCUGCAGGUCUCAAGUUGACAUUAAAAAGUAAACAGCUGACCUUUUAUGCCCACCCUGCUGCCGCCUCCACCAUUCGUCUCUGCCACUGACUGUGCCGCCGCCGCUAUUGUGGGCGGGGCAGCGGGCGAGCCCUUAAAGAAGAUGAGCCUGACACCAGAGUGGCGAGGCUCCCUCCACCAGCCGCAGCCAGCGGCAGCGGCUCGCACCCUGCUGUCCUCCACCCACGCCUGUGACCAGCGGCUGCAGGAUUAUGCCAAUGAUCUGUGCUGGUGGCGGCAGCGGCACGAAAGCGCCAUCGAGCAGCUGGUGCGAAUCAACCGUGCCGCAGUGGAGGCCCUGGCCCGCGAGGAGCGGAGGGUGCAGGAGGCGAGGGAGCGUCUGCAUUGGGAGUUGAAGGAGACGGAGGUGAUGGAGGGGCUGCGGGAGGAGGUGGAAGCGAUGGAGGUGCGUCAUGGGGAUGAAGAGCAAGUUUGGAAGCCUCCUGCCGCUCCCUCCAUGGCGCACUGCUUCCAGGUCCCUCGCGACACGGCCCUCGCCAUCGCUUCCUCCAAGGUGAGACGCGCCAACAAACUAGCGACGGAAGCCAUUAGCCGGGAGCAAAGGGAUGUCUUUGCCACCUUAUUCACCCCGGAUUGCAGCCUCAGGGGACCCAGGAGCAGCCUGUCCUCCCCCGCUCCUCUUUACCACUUCCCGAGGCCUCCAGCAGACGGCUGGAGUGCAGAGCUAAAGGCUGCACAGCUCCUCAGCAUGGCGGCAGACGUGCGGGGGGCCGUGGUGGCGGGAAGUGUGUUCGCGAUUCAGACAAGGAACCUGGACGGAGAGAAGGAGACGCUGCGGUGCGGGCGGCUCUCCCUGUCCCGCGGCCACCUGCUCCUUCACUGCCUGGCCGAGGGACCCCCGCCCCCGGGCUCCAUCACUAUUGAGCACAAGGAAGUCCUUAGUGAACUAGUGGACCGGGAGGGCACGCUGGUGUUCCUAGAAGUGGAAAACGCCGAGCCACGCCUCAAGGGUCGCGUGUACAUCCGCCUCAGCCCAGACACAGGCCGCGGCAGGCAGUUCACGUGGCUAUGCACGGGGCAACGCGGGGUGAGCUACGCAAACACCAGGUUCCUCGGCGUCCUGGACAAGGGCGGACCGAAGGAGAGAAUCAUCGCGGGGGACUACGAGGGAACUGACGGUGCAGGAGGCGCGUCUCUGAUCCCGUGGCUGGGCUGGGGGAGGGAGUACCGCAGGGAAUGGCGGGCGGGGGUGGUGCGGGGGUGGUGGGGAGGCAUACACAGAGCGGCGCAGUUCUUCAUCACGACUCAGCACGGUAAUCCAGGGCAGACUGUGCACUUUGCUUUCGGGCAGGUGGAGAAUGGCCUGGAGGUGGUGCGGGGAGUGGCGGCCCUUCCCGACCCCUCCCAGGCCAGGGUGGUGGACUGCGGCGUGGUGCUGGUGGAGGAGGUGGAGGGAGCGGCGGUGCGGGGCGAGGAAGAUGGAGUGUGA